CGCUGGCUAGCCUGCUGGGCGAGGGUGGCAGAGAGACCGCAGAACAGAACCGAACCUUCCCUGGAGAACCGGGGAGCUCCACCGCACAGGAAACACGCUGGUUGAAGGCCAACGCCAUGUCCGAUUUUGACAGCAACCCGUUCGCGGACCCAGACUUCAGCAAUCCCUUCCAGGAUCCCUCGGUGACACAAGUGACCCAGUCUGCCCCUCCUGGUGGACUGGAGGAGUAUAACCCUUUCACUGAUGCCAGAACGGCACCUCCAGGAAAUGCCCCCAAAUCCACUCCUACCCCUUCCCAAAACACACAGCCUGCCAUCAUGAAGCCCACAGAAGAGCCGCCAGCUUACUCACAGAUACAGGCUCAGGACCAGGCACGUGCUCAGGCCGAGCUGUUGAGGAGGCAGGAAGAGUUGGAGAAGAAGGCGGCAGAACUUGAUCGUCGGGAGAGGGAGUUACAAUCCCAUGGAGCUGCAGGAGGUCGUAAGAAUAACUGGCCUCCAUUGCCAGAGAUGUUCCCUGUUGGACCGUGCUUCUACCACGACAUUGCAGUGGACAUCCCGGUGGAGUUCCAGAAAACGGUCAAGAUCAUGUACAACCUCUGGAUGUGUGAGUAG